UCCCACAAUACCGGCCGGGGCGUGUCCUGCUCAGAAACGGGGUAGUGUGUCUCCGAGCGUGGGAGAGAUCAUUUCAGUUCACCGUCCAGUGGAGAAGGAAGCGAAGUAUGAACGGGAUGGAAAUGGACCAGCUGGGACCGCAGAACUUUCUUUAUGGUUGUGAGCUGAAAGCUGGUAAGGAUGUGACCUUUAACCCCGAGGAUGAUGACUUUGAGCACCAGCUGUCUCUGCGGAUGGUGUGUGUGGACUCCAGCACCAAGGACGAGCUGCAUGUGGUGGAGGUCGAAGGUCACAACUCGGAGGGCCAGGAAGUCAAGGCCAUCCUGGCCACGCUAAACCCCUCGUCUCUGCCUAGCGUGUGUCUGGGGGGGUUUGAGAUCUCUCCUCCUGCAGUGUUCAGGCUGAAGUCUGGCUCUGGCCCCGUCCACAUCAGCGGGCAGCACCUCAUCAUGGCAGAUGCAGACCAGUCUUUUGAUGAAGAUGAUGACGAUGAGGAGGAGGAAGAGGAGGUGGUGAAAACAUCCACUAAGAGGCUGGCCUUGCCGUCCGUGGCCAAACCCCAGAAAAAGAUGAAGAUGGAUGAAGAGGCUGAUGAGGAAGAUGAUGACGAAGAUGAUGAAGAUGAAGAUGACGAUGACGAGGGAAGUGAGGAUGAGGAAGAGGAGGAAGAAGACUCUCCAGUGAAGCCCAAGAAGACCCCGGCCAAGAGCCCCGCCCAGAACGGAAAAACCCCCAACACGACCACGCCCACAGGCAAACAAAACAAGGGAAAGACCCCAGAUGCCAAAGUCAGAACAGAAAAGGGGACCCCCAAAACACCACAGACCCCCCGCAGCCCCCCAACCAUGGAAGAGAUACAGAACAAAAUAAAGGCCAACAUUGAGAAGGGUGUGAUGCUGCCCAAGGUGGAGGCCAAGUUUGAGAAUUACAUAAAGAACGGUUUCCAUGUAAAAGAUUCCAAGAUGAUCCAGGAGCUGUGGAAGUGGAGACAGACUGUCAAGGAUAGAAAAUGAUUAGAUUUUUUUUUUUCUUUUUUGUGAAUGUUUUUUUAAAAUUAUUUUUUUAUUUUCCCCCCCCCACACCUGUUUAUGACUCCACUGCCCCCCCUCCCCCCCCAACCAUUCCACCAAUCAUUGAGCCUUCAGAAGUGAAGCCUGCUGGUAAAUACUGUAACGAGGCCCCGAUUUCAGGGGUGCGUCCCCAUUUCAGGGGUGGGUUCUGGCCAAUCUGGACGCCCGCUCAGAUGGCAGGGGCUAGGCUGCCACAGUUACACCAGUUUUUAUUUUAUUUCCCCUUUUUGUUUUAUUUUUAUUAUUAUUUUACAUUGGUGUUCCUGUGGGACAGAGGUGCUGUUGCCCCUGUCCUGCCCUUUUAACCCCCCCCCCCACACACACACACACAGUCAUCGUGCACCUGUUUCCGUUCAUUGUUAGAAAAACUUUCAGAAUAUGGUUUAUGAAAUAAAAGACAUUUAUGGAGAAA